AGACUGGGACUCCCAACGGAGUUCGCUCCCGGACGUGCGGUCCCCGGUGUUUCUAUCACUCCCGGACUUGCGGUCCCCACCCGAUUAUAUCUCACGUAUUAUCAUAUAUAUACACACUGCCACCUGAUUAUAUCACACGUAUUCACCAUAUUAUGUAUUGACACACGUAUUUUUUCUUAACACCACUUAUUUUUUUCUCCAGUGGUAAGAAUACAGUGGUAAGAAUAACACUACUGGAUAAGACGAAGCGGAUGACGGAGUCUUUUCUACAUGCAGUUAUAGAAAGAAAUGACGGCGGAGUCAAAUAAAUGAAGCUUGUAAAAGUUAGCAAUAUUGUUAACGCUUGUUGUUCGCUCUCUUCUACAUGCAGUUAUAGAAAGUUAUAGGACUUAUAGAAGUAAAAGUUAGCAACGGAAACGGAAAGCGGGUACAAUUAUCGGAAACGGAAAGCAACCAAGCGACCAAAACAAAAGCCAAUGCCAUUUUCCAACCUCACGUGUAAUAGUAUAGUAGGUAUAUAAGUAUAGUAGGCCUACUGCUAUAUAUGAUAAUUUAACCAUAAAGUAUUUAACCCCCUCCAAUUCCACCCUUGCCAGGAGACUAGUCUAGUCAAUAUAGGGGGUCCACGCGUUGUGGCCACUCAUUUCUUUAACCAUUAAGUAAAACUUUUGAAAAAUAAUGCAAAGAUGACAGUAAUUGCAAGCAUUUACGACUUAAUACAUUCCUCGACUUCGGGUGACUACCAUACAUGCUGUCAUUAACAUCAAAACAUCCCUGCAACCUUUUAGGGCUAAGCUUAUGCUUAGUCAUGGUUGAUGCCAAAAGCACACAAUAUUAGCAAACUUGACCCUCACAAAACAAUUUUGUAAUUUCAAUCAAAAACAUUUAAAAGGGCAUGUCCAGGAAUAUUGGCACCCCUCCUUCAAGGGUUAAUUGCACACUAUUACACAGCAAUGGCAGCAUCUGAAGGUUUUGGUUUUCAUCAAUGUUUUCAUUUUUACAACCAAUCCACUGUGCAUUUGGUUGUGUUCUUUGGGUUUUUGUCUUUCUGGAGUGCACAUGAUGUUCAACUCAAACCAAGUGUUCUUGCCAUGGUUACACAUUUUACUGUAAAUGAUGAUACCUGUCAUGUCAUGAUGCCUGUCAUGAUACCUGUGAUACGGUCAAAUCCUCCAAUACCUGAUGCAACAAUGGGGUGACAUAAUAUUAUGGAUCGGACACCAUGCUUGCUUUUUGGUAGGGUGUCCUUUUCCUUAAAGACUUUCUUGCAGAGUAUGCAAACAUGCUGUUUGUGUGAGUCACUGAAAAACUGUGCUAUUGCUUCAUCUGACCUUAAAACAUUCUUAAAAGGGCUGUGCUAGGCCUGUAUUUUUUCAUACAGCCGUCAGGUGUUCCCUGUUAUGACUUUUAUUAAGCAAUGUGGUCUGCCUUGCUCUCCAACCAAAAGGCACUACUUUGUGUAGUGUUUAACACGGGGUGCUUAUUGAAAAAAACUACCCAGAACAGUUCAAAGUUGACCGUCAGGUCUGUAGAUGUUAGUCCCUGUGUUUUUUCAUUAUUUGCACCGACUUCCAAAGACUUUUAUCAUAAUAUCUUCCUCUACCCCCCACAUCCAAGGAUGUUCUUUACAGCUCCAUGUUUGGCAGAUUUCUGAAUAACACAACACAGUGUAGAAAAUGGUUUACCAAGGUCUUUUGAGAUGAUCUUUUAUUAUUUGGAGGUCUUGUUUUUGUAAAUAAUAGUAUUUGUGGUGUCCUCAGGCAGCUCCUCUGUCUUCAGAUUGGUGAAAGACACACAAGAUGUAACAGGUGGCUAUUUAAACACAAAUAUCAUAAUUCCUUGCCUAAUUCAUGUUCUAUGGGCAAAAGCAAUUAGUCAAAAGUGAUUCCCAUUUGCGAUUUACCAUAAUUGAGUCAAAUUAGGUUUCCAAAAUGGUAUCCAGUAAAGGGUGCCAAUACCAGUGAUCCUGGGAACUUUACCAUCUUCAAUUAUUUCCCUCUCAUAGUUUAGUAUUUAAUGCUGUUGAUAUUUUUUAUAUUUAGUUUCAACCACAAGCUAUCUAUAGAAAAAUCAUGGUUGACCAUAUUAUUUGUUUUCUGGAGAUAUGUCCCAUAAUGUACUUAAACUUCAAGGGUGCCAAUAGUACCUGGCGGCACUGUACGUAGAACAUUAUUACUCUGUGUGUACAAAACUUCUGGCAGAUUUUUCAGUAGUAUCAGAUGUACGUAGAACAUUAUUACUCUGGUGUGUGGGGCCUGUGCUCUGCUCCAAAAGCCAUGGUUUUGUGUCCAGUGCAGAGGAAGGAAUUUGCCAGCUCACGAAUCCGCUUCUACACCUGAGGCCCCAGACCACAACUAUGCCAUGGUGGUCCAGGAACAAGACGAGGCAGCGAGCAUAGCUGAGGAAGAGAUGGAAAACCAUCCUGAAGCCGACAUGUCUUUUACAGUGCCCAGGUCACUGGAACAGCUACCCACUCGUCGUAGAGGGCACCCACAGGAUGAGCAGCUUCCGCUUCCGGAGAUGAUCUUGCCAGACUGCCCAAUCACGUUCGAACAGAUCGCAGGUGGAGCCACAGGAGGCGGUGAUAUCCUACUUGCAGACAGCUACGGCUUCACCUACUCCAAGAAGAGAGAAACCAAUGCUUGCAUUACCUGGGUGUGCAGCAAAAAGAGUUUGCAGUGUCGUGCCACAGUGAAGCAGGUCGGGGAAGACUACACACCUGGGACCCAAGACCACAAUCACCCCAGCAACCCAGAAAAGGUGGCCACUGCAAAAGCCAGAGCUUUGGUAAAGGAGGCUGCAAUGACUGAUUUUGUUAAGGGUGCCGGAAAGCUGGCGGAGGAGGCCCUGGACCUCCUUAAUAAAGAUGAGCCACUGCCCGAUGUUUGCCGUGACUCACUAGCUCGUGCUGCGAACCGGGCAAGAGCUACACUAAGGCCAAAGCAUCCAGCUGAUCUUGCAUUUCAGUUGGAUAUGGGGCACAUCCCCAAUGGUUUUCUCAGGCGAGACAUCCAGCUUGAGGGGCGUAGACACCUCAUCUUUGCCACCGACCAUCAGCUGACGGUACUCUCGGACGCCCUCACAUGGUACAUGGAUGGGACGUUCAAGACGGCUCGCGACCCCUUCAAACAGCUGUUUACGAUACACAGCUUUAUCCACUCGGGGGACAGCAUGAAGCAGGUGCCACUCUGCUACGUCAUGAUGUCAAGAAGAAAAACCGAGGACUACACGGCUGUAUUCAACGCCGUCCGGGACAUGCUGCCCAGAAGCCCGCGGGUGGAAGAAGCAGUUUUGGACUUUGAGCAAGCAGUGUGGAGUGCAUUGCCAGAGGUGUUCCCAGGCAUCGAGAUCUUCGGUUGCUGGUUUCACUGGGCGCAAACCGUGUACCGAAAGAUCGCACGGCUUGGUCUGAGACGCGCCUAUAUGAAACAACCAGCUGUCAGGCAGUACCUGAAGGAGCUGAUGGCCCUCCCCAACCUCCCAGCCGAGCACAUAGCAACAGCCUUUGAAGAGCUCAGGCGGCGCCGCCCAGUGAACACCAGAUCCGAGGAUAUAGAAGAACUCCUGGAAUACCUGGAGGACACCUGGGUGAAGAAUGCUGCCCAUCCUCCCUCGGCCUGGUCAACCUUCCAGAGGACCGUCCGUACAAACAAUGAUGUGGAGGGUUGGCACAAGCGCAUUAACCUCCAGGUGAAAGACAAACCAAACCUUUAUCUUCUGGUUGGAAUCCUACACAAAGAGAGCAGUCUCCUGCCUCUGCAGGUCCGCCUUCUCCACCAGCGGGCCAUCGGGCGGCUAACAAGCAAGCAGGACAGCUCUAAACAGGCAAAGCUGGAGAAACUCUGGGCGUCUUAUGGAGAGAUGACCACCUCAAGAUACCUACGGCAGUGUGCUGGGUUGAGCGACCACUCCGAAGCCGUCAGGCAGUGUGCUGGGUAGAGCGACCACUCCUCUACACCGUCAUCCUCCCUCCUUCCCCAUCCCUCCAUCCUCCCCUCUCCCUCCUGACUGCUGCCUGUGUCAGAGGAAGGGGCUGCUUAUUUGUCUGUUUUUUUCUGUAAGAUGUACAGCAUUGUAAAUAAGUCUACUACAAAUAAAAGUGCAUAUAAAUCAUCUCCGUGUUGCCCGCUCUCCUCAUUUGGUGUCCCAAACAUCCUGGUUUAUAACACUCUAAAAUCUGUCUAAGAUAGAUGUGACAUUAAUCGCUGAGCAGUCAAGUCUAAAGACUCAUUAGGUUGAUGCUUUUCUACUGUAAUUAAUUUAACUGCUGUGUGUUAAUAUAGUGGAUUUUAAUAUAGUAAUAUUAAACAUUAUUAACUUUGAUUCCCCUAUGGAGAUCAAUACAAUGACUGCACUGUACUCUACAUAUGGUUUAACAAUGUUCUGCACUAAAACUAUGUGUCCAGAUAUGAUAUUGCAGUAGCCUAUUGCUACCUUAGUCAAGAUACUGACUGACCUAGGUAGGAAUAGGAUAGACGGCCUAUUUGCAGGCCUGCCUUUUCUGCCGUUUCUUAAAUACAAUGCAUAUAAUGUAAAAAAAAAAAAAAAAAAAAACAUGCAGACAAAUGUAAUGCUAGAAAGAUUAGGUGAUCAGUAACAUAAUAGUAUAAAUAUUAUAGGAAAGGGUUUUGAUCAUUAUUAGUCCUAUUAUGUGUUGAUAUUAUUGUUACCAGGGAUGGGCAAAGAUACAGAUAAAAGUAUUUCAAAACACUAGGCCUAAUGCAAAAUACCCAGCACUGUAACUGUUAGAAAUAAUCUACAAGAUACAGUUACUGCCGUGCAUCUUGUAUCUUAUUUCUAACCGUUUCAUAAUUACUUGGAAAUUUUUCUAGCGGUUUCAUGACUACACAGUUAAUGUUGUGUACUUAUAGGUUGUUUUAAUGCUGGGUAGGCCUACUUCGCAUUGAAUUUGGAAAUACUUUUAGAUGUAUCUUUGCCCAUCCCUGAUUACUAGGCCUACAACUUCAACUUCAACUUUUCAACUUUAUUGUCCCCAGAAGGGGCGAUUAGGUGUGCAGCAAGUCAUAAGCACAUAUAGACAGCAACAAAAGAUAGGCUACCACAGGACAGACAUAAAGUGCAGUGGUCAAUAAAAGGUUAACAUGACCAUAAAUACAACAACUACAGUUACUACUACUACAUCGUACCACCAAACCAGAGGCAUGGCGAACUCUGGAGUAUCUGCAGAGACAGUUCAGAUACCUUCCUAUCAAAAUCUCUGGUAUCUGUGGUGUGACGUUUACUGACCGGAAACGGAAAGAGGAUGUAUCCACCACUUACAUUUGAAACGUAACGACAAAGUCAAUUCAUAGCCUAAUGAUCAUAUUGUAGGUGUAUUUGAAACAAUCUGGCGCUAAUUAUAUGUGAAAUACACUUGUACGUAACAAAAAACUAACAUCAACAAGAUAACUGGCUCCGUAAUAUGGCGGUGGUACCGCUAGUCUGGCUAGUGGGAGCGAGAUGAAAUGGGAGUGUAAUGAGAUGGGAGCCCCAGUCUGGGAAUCU